UUUUUUUUUUUUCUUUGUCCUUGUUUAACCAUAAAUCCAACUUAUGGCAAGCAUUAUGCGCUUAUCCUGUUUUCAGCCGGGCUUCUGUUGGACUGCUCAGAGAGAGAUCACCAGACAUGAUGUUUACUUAUUUGUUUUCUUGUUGCACUAUGUGUCACAAUAUCUUCCUUUUCCCAGGCCUAGCCGUCCAGCGAGCCGCCAGUGUUUCCUCGCGCAUACGUGUGUGCGCUUUGGGUUAUGAGCAGCGGCAAGACGGCUCGCUACAACUGAUACUCCGGAGGAACAGCCGCCACAGCAACCACUCCCAGCAGCCCCUCCACCCCCCCAGCAGACUCUGGCAGCGGGAGCAGGAUGGAGGCAUCGUUUGGCCCGACCUUCUCAGCCGUGGCUGCUGGAGCUAAAGCAGAAGGAUCUAGCACUUACAAGACGCACAGAAGAACUCCUUCCUCCUCAAGCACUCUGACCUACUCCCCCCGUGAUGAUGACGAUGGAAUGCCUCCCAUCGGUACUCCGCGGAGGUCUGAUUCGGCCAUCUCGGUCCGUUCGCUCCAUUCCGAGUCCAACAUGUCGCUGCGCUCCACUUUCUCUUUACACGAAGAGGAGGAGGACACGGAGCCCCAGGUGUUCGCUGAGCAGCCGUCAGUAAAACUGUGCUGCCAGCUGUGUUGUAACGUCUUUAAGGACCCCGUCAUCACCACAUGUGGGCACACCUUCUGCAGACGAUGUGCCUUGACUUCAGACAAGUGCCCAGUGGACGCUGCAAAGCUGACGGUCGUAGUGAACAACAUUGCAGUAGCCGAGCAAAUCGGAGAGCUCUUCAUCCACUGUAAAUACGGCUGCAGGGCCACAGCCAGCGGCGCAGCCGGCGCCGCGGCAUCCACAGCCACAGUGGCCGGCAAACCUGGAGCGUUCGAGGUGGACCCGCUGGGCUGCCCGUUCACCAUCAAACUGUCCACACGCAAAGAACACGAGGCCAGUUGCGACUACAGACCAGUGCGAUGCCCCAACAACCCCUCUUGCCCCCCGCUGCUCACCAUGAACCUGGAGGCUCACCUCAAAGAGUGCGAGCACAUCAAAUGUCCACACUCCAAAUACGGCUGCACAUUCAUAGGGAACCAGGACACGUAUGAGACGCACCUGGAGGUUUGUAAAUUUGAGGGUCUGAAGGAGUUUCUGCAGCAGACUGAUGACAGGUUCCACGAGAUGCAGCUGACUCUGGCCCAGAAGGACCAAGACAUUGCUUUCCUACGCUCCAUGUUGGGCAAACUGUCUGAGAAGUUAGACCAGCUCGAGAAGAACCUGGAACUGAAAUUCGAUGUUCUGGAUGAGAACCAGAGCAAACUCAGCGAGGACCUGAUGGAGUUUCGCAGAGAUGCCUCCAUGCUUAACGAUGAGUUGUCCCACAUCAACGCCAGGCUCAACAUGGGAAUCCUGGGCUCGUACGACCCCCAGCAGAUCUUCAAGUGUAAGGGGACGUUCGUCGGCCACCAGGGUCCCGUCUGGUGUCUCUGCGUCUACUCCACCGGAGACCUGCUCUUCUCCGGCUCUUCUGAUAAAACCAUUAAGGUGUGGGACACCUGCACCACCUACAAGUGUCAGAAAACCCUGGAGGGUCAUGAUGGCAUCGUGCUGGCUCUGUGCAUCCAGGGAAACAGGCUAUACAGCGGCUCGGCGGACUGCACCAUCAUCGUGUGGGACAUCCAGACCCUGCAGAAAGUCAAUACUAUUCGUGCCCAUGACAACCCCGUGUGCACGCUGGUCUCCUCCCACAACAUGUUGUUCAGCGGCUCCCUCAAGGCCAUAAAGGUGUGGGACAUCGUGGGGACGGAGCUGAAGCUGAAGAAGGAGCUGACGGGUCUGAACCACUGGGUCAGAGCGCUGGUGGCCUCCCAGAACCACCUGUACAGCGGCUCCUAUCAGACCAUCAAGAUCUGGGACAUCCGCUCCCUGGAGUGCGUCCACGUCCUGCAGACCAGCGGCGGCAGCGUCUACUCCAUCGCCGUCACCAACCACCACAUCGUCUGCGGCACCUACGAGAACCUCAUCCAUGUGUGGGAUAUUGAGUCCAAAGAGCAGGUGCGGACUCUGACGGGUCACGUGGGAACAGUUUACGCUCUGGCCGUCAUCUCCACCCCCGACCAGACCAAAGUGUUCAGCGCCUCCUACGACCGCUCCCUCCGGGUGUGGAGCAUGGACAACAUGAUCUGUACGCAGACGCUGCUCAGACACCAGGGCAGCGUCACCGCGCUCGCCGUCUCCAGAGGGCGCCUCUUCUCCGGAGCUGUCGACAGCACCGUCAAGGUGUGGACAUGCUAAACAAACCCUACAGGACUCCAGAUGAACUCCGCAGCUCGUUAACUUUCCCCACAUGGUUUCCUCCUCCGCACCCGUUUCUUUGAUUGUUAUUUACACACUCUUUCGUGGCCUCAUCACCGGUGCAUUACUGGGACAAGCUGCCUCGCGCCACACUGGACCGACCGGACGCUGCUGCUGCUGCUCCUCCUGUAAUCAGAGCAGGGAGGAUUGCGGCUGUUGGCUUUUCAGACAGUAGACGGUCCCGCCUGCUUCCUACGGACACACCUGCCAUUUAAGAACCGUACUGACGACGAUGCCUAACGUAUACUGUUUAAGUAAGUCUAAAGGCUGGUUUCACAAACACUCCGUUACGCCACUUUUCAAAAGCCAUUUUACUCCGAAGAGAAAUUCCAGAACAACAACAAAGACGAGGAAUUGAAAUCGCGACGUGGCUGUUUUUGUACAAACGAUGUCCGCUCAGUCAAACUGAUGCGAAGACGCCCCAGAAAGUCUGUUACCGUUUUCCUUUACAGCUGCAACUACUACCGCUGAUAAGAAUGUUUUGUUUUUUUUCUUCUUCAUGAGCUCUUUGUGCUGCAUCGCUUGCCUUCAGUGACAUUUCUUUGUGAUAUAACCACAGCUGGUUAGUGAAUAACCGUCUUCCUGUUGAACUCUCGUUUGUUUCGUCUCCGGCUGAAUGAACUGAUCUAUACACGUGAACGCACUCCUGCUCUAAGUCUGUACCUGGGAUUUUACAUGAACUAACAGCGCUUAGGUUAAACGGGAAAGGUCAAAGGAAAGCGUCAGCCACAUUUUCGUCACUCGUGAACAAGAUCCGGAGACACUUCCUUCACUUCCGACCCGACAACGAGCAACUUUCACAAAGUCCAACACUCGGUGGAAACGUGUUUGAUUUUGUGCCGAGACGACGAACACAUCUCCUACUUUGGUUGUACAAGGACUGAUUAGCUCUUAAAAAAACACCACAGCACUCCUGCAGAGUUCCACGGUUGUAGACUUUCUCCUGGUCCACAAAACAAAAGUGGACCGGAUGGUCGGCAAGGGUCAAGAACUGGGAUGGAAUCUGCUUUGCUCCUUUGGUUUGACAAUCACUGGGACACUCCUUUAUAGGACUCUGGAAUAAAAUGUCACGGACAGGACCGAUGGAUCGGUGCGUUAACGUGGGCAUUGUGCCGGACUCUUGUGGUGAAAGGUCCGGAUACAAGCGACCGAAACGAGUUCCCUCGAUCAUGGGCUCAGCCUUGGAGGAGGUGGGGUGAGGCACUUGGACGUCUGGACGGAUCUCAGAGUUUCUGUCGAAAGGAACCAGAUGAGGUGUUUCAGAUCGCUGGUUGUUCUUUUGGAGGUUUACCCAGAACUGGGCUAGAACUCGAUGGAGGGGUUACAUGUCUGAUGUGGCCUGGGAACGUCUCUGGAUCCUUCAGAAGGAACUGGGGUGAAAGACGUCGAGGUCGCAACAACAUGAAUGGACGAACAUCAGCUGAGCAGCGUUUAAAAACCAACUCCAGUUCUAAUCGGCUCCAGAUGAAGCGGGUCUCACUCCUACAACGGUUUAAUUUUCGACUCCCUGUGGUUCUGGCCCAGCUCCGCUUUGUGAAGCCAGCCUUUAUCAAACACCUUCUAACGAGCGAGGACUUUACCGAGAGCGACAGAUCUUAUAGAUGUAGAGUUUUUUUAUUAGUGCCAUGUUGGAGCUGUUUUCAGAGCCACUCAACGGUUGUACAGUCGUGUAAAAAUACCGGACGGCGCCGCGCCCGGACACGUGGCCACGCCGUGGGCCGCGGCGGCCGGGAGAGAGCGAGGACGACGGUCUGCGCGCAUGCACGUGCCUGUUGUUGUGUAUACGUGUUAACAUGAGUGCCAUAUGUGUGGAUGGAAAGUCAGGAGCGGCCGUUAAUGAUGUGUCUUUCUUCCCCCUCCUCUGUCUCCCUCCUUCUUCCUCUCUGACCGUUAGCGAACAUAACCGCAGAUUAACUCGCAGCCGACUGUAAUUAACCUUAAAGCUCCCGAGAGGCAGACGAAGAGCCGCCGAGCUCGAGUCCUGCGUUCCGAAAUUAUAUGUGAGGACCCAUAUUGGGUUGAAAAAAAAAACAAAAAAAAGACUAAAUCCGAGGAGAGCUGAUGAGAUACUUUAAAUGUUGACACUUGGGCGGAUUUUUACAGGUGUUUUUGUUUCAGCGUAGGUUUUACCAGAACUCGUAGCCUCGGUAGGGACGGCAGGAGGAAGGGGGGAGAGGAGGACGUGUCUUCACUGGUCACAGUUUCGGUGAUUUAUUGUAUACUUGUAAUCAUGUAAGCCUGAGUUGAUCAUUGAUCAAUAAAACUGUUGUACACUUUGAAAA